AUGACAGACAACAUGACCAAGCGUGUAACUCUUCUGGAUCCCCCACCACGGGAUGAUUCCAAGGCGCUCAUUGAGAAUGUCCUUGAUCUGACUCCGGUCGUGGACCUCGGCCCAGACGUCUUUACCAACACCCGAGCACUAUGGCACCCUCCUGGAGCCCGCGGUAUCUAUGGCGGCGCCGCGAUCGCGCAGUCCUUAUCAGCCGCUAUGCGAACAGUCCCUGCCGAUUUCGCCGUCCACAGCAUGCACUGCUACUUCGUUCUUGCCGGUGACUCCGAAAUUCCUAUUCUAUACCAUGUCGAGCGAGUGCGCGACGGCCGAAGCUUCGUAACCCGGACCGUGCAGGCGCGCCAGCGAGGCCGCCCGAUUUUCACCACUACCCUGAGCUUCAGCCGGGUCGGUAGCGGCGGCGAGAAGACUAUCAACCAUGCAGUGCCCAAGCCCGAUGUGUCACUCCCGGAUGAUGCAGAGCCGGGCACUGUUCGAGCUUUGAGCAACGCGGGCGGCGGUCCGUUUGAGUCGAAAAAGGCAGGCAUUGUGAACCGGCACUCACCAAACCCCGAAGACAAGAAGGUCCGGCGAGUCGUUCGCGCUCGCGGCCACAUCUCCGAAGAAGGCGGCUACCAAGCACAUCUGUCCGCACUCGCCUAUGUCACAGACAGCUAUUUCAUUGGCACGGUCUCUCGUGUCCACGAUAUCCCCCGAUUUUCCUCCCCGAGAGAGUUGCAGAAGCUCUUGAAGGCGCUCAAGAACCCCUCCGACCUGGACGACGAGGAUAUCGCCAAGGCAUUGCAAGAACUAAAGGAGGAGGAAGCCGCCGAGCUGCGCCGCCGACUGGAAGGUGCUUUGAAUGAUGCCACCAGUGGUAAAGCGAAAGAAAAUCAGAAGGAGGUUGGUAUGAUGGUCAGUCUCGACCACUCGAUCUAUUUCCACAACCCGCGAGCCUUCCGGGCUGAUGAGUGGAUGUUGAUCGAGAUGGAGAGUCCGUGGGCUGGAGAAGGACGAGGACUGGCCAUUCAGAAGAUUUGGUCAAAGGACGGUUUGCUGAUUGCUACUUGCACUCAAGAGGGCGUGGUGCGAUUAAAGCAGGAAAAGCCGCCAAUUUCGAAGAUUUAG